CGGUCGCGACACGAUGCAGUGGUGGGGGCGUCUUGCGGCUGGUUGGCGCGGUGGCUUCGGAAAUUUUGAGGUUAUAACGAGCGGCUGGCGUGGAUCGGGUUUCCGGUCGACUUGCCACUUUAUAAGGACGACGUAACAUCGGCACGGCAGACGCGUCUCGUCGUCAGUCGGAAGCAGGCGCGUCACGGUUUAUGUGAAUUCGGCGUUCCCACGCACGCACGCACGCACGCACGUACGUACGGCAGAGUGGACUCGAUGUCGGUAACAUGUCGGUUGCGAACAACAUUGGGACGACGCGGGUGUACAGAUUGGCCUGUCCGGCCGUUUGACGAAUAUUUAUGAAUACACGGGAUGGUCUGAGACAACGGUGUCCAACGGUACAACAUGGUGAAAGAGAAAGCGAAUUCGACCCGCAUCUAUGAUUCGGAGGGUUACAGGCGCAGAGCUGCUUGCAUCUGCGUGAAGAACGAUCUCGAGGACGAGGUACUAUUAGUUACAUCCAGUCGGAAACCUGACAGUUGGAUAGUACCUGGUGGUGGUGUCGAACCGGAGGAGGAACCAGCGGUCACGGCUCUUCGUGAGGUCCGAGAGGAGGCUGGCGUUUUAGGACAAUUAGGCCGUUGCCUUGGCACUUUUGAGGUUAUAACUCGUGAUAAUGUGGAACACAAACACAGAACGCAAGUGUGGGUUAUGCGAGUGACCGAAGAACUGCCGGAGUGGGAAGACUCACGCGCUAUCGGUCGGAAGCGAAAGUGGUUUACCAUACAAGAAGCCCUGCUCCAACUCGGUCAACACAAGCCCGUCCAGCGCUCUUACCUGCAUAGCCUCCACAAUACUAAUCCUCGACAUAACCUUACCACUUCACCACUGUCCCAUCAUUCGCACUCUACGAUGGCAUCUAUCGAAUUAGUGAAUAAUUCUAGUAACAAUCCCCAUUCGGAUAAACACAGCUAAUAUCAUCGUGAGUCAUCCAUAUUUCUAUCAAAAACAUGGUCGCCAUGAAUUCUUGGAGCAAUUUGCUGUUACUCCUCCUUUCUCCCCCUAAGGGAAUUAUGAUAAUACCACCACGAUUUUAUACAUAAAUUAAUAUUACUUAUGCUUAUCUUUAUUAUCUAAUAUUAUUAUCACACGAUUAUAUGUUAGUUAUUAUUAUAAUUAUUAUUUAAUUAUGUUUAUUCAUAUAGAUUAUUGAUAAAGCAGUCCAUAAAGGAGAUAUCUUUUGUAAUUGUAGCCUUUCAUUUCUAAUACGACUUAAUGAAACGCAAGAUACAAGAGAUGAAGUAAAUUGUUUAAUUUUAUUUAAUAUUUGUGUUUAAUAUACGUAGAGUGUCGUAUCUUUUUUUCACAACGCAUGUCCUACUUGGUUGUGACAAUUAUCACCAUAAUUUUUUCUACAUUUUUUAGGAAGAAGGAAAAAGUUAUGUAUUAGUUAGCAGCAGACUGCAUAUAUCUUAUAGAUUAAAUUCUUGAAUACAUUUUGUGACAAAUGAUUCCUAUGAAUUAUAUAUAAAAAAUACCCACGAAAAAUAUUGCUUUAUACUAUCUGUAUCCGAUACAAACUAAAGGUUUGCAACUUGAAUUUUUUUUGCAUACAAAGGACAAACACCAUUAUAAAAUAUAAUGUAACAUAUUAUAUAUAUGUAUAACACAUUUGUUAUAGAUAUAUUUAUUGAUAUUUCA